AUGUCUCUUAAUGCACCUUUAGACGACUUUAGCUCCACCCUCGAUUUCUGCUUCGAUCUCGACGUGGACCUAGACCUCCAGCUUCCCAUAUUUGCCACGCUACUGCAACUCCCCUCCGAGUCACCCUUGGUUCCUCACUCAGAACCUCCUUCAUCCGUGGCUCUUUUCACUCGCUGGUCAAAUCACUGGUGGCCAAGACCUCUGCGUUUAUGUGGUCUACCUCGUCUGAUAUUGAAGAUCAAAACAAACCGAAACUUCCAUAAGGAAGUUUUGCAGGCCCAAAUGGCCGAAACUGAGGACGUGGAAGACUUUUGUGCCCGUUUAGAAACGCUCAUAUCCACCCCUGGAGAUGUGGCCUACCUUCAUAGAGAGAGAGUGCGUCAGUUGGCUCAUUACUACGGAACAAGCGACUUUGUGUAG